AUGUCACUCCACAUACCAUCAACGCUGACUCGUAUUGGUAUUAUCCGAGAUGCAUCAUCAGCAUUAGAGUUUAUGCAUAGUGAAGGCUACGUACAUAGGGAUGUUAAACCUGCUAAUGUUCUUCUAUCACAUUCUUACAUUGCUAAACUGUGCGACUUUGGCGGUUGCUUUACCGUUGAAGAACUGCAAAGUGGAA